AUGAUGAAAUUUAUGAAAUAUUUUUCACAUAUACAAGAUUAUUUAUUCGGACGUAAUACAUUAAGUAAUUCUUCAUGUCCAUCGUCAUUUGUUAAAUGGUGUUUUAAUGAUAUUGAUGGAUAUAAGUUUUGUAUACAAAAUCCUACAUUUAUUCCAAUAUGUAUUUUGGCUUUAUUAAUUGGUCUUUAUUGUUCUAAAAAAAUUUCUAAAUUAUCUGGAAAUUUUCCAACACGAUGGAUUUAUCAAUUAACAUUUUUUCUAUAUGGUAUAAUGAUGACAUCAGCUGGUAUAUUACAUUGUUUUUUAGGUGAUCCACGAAAAUUAUCACAUACUCUUCGACAUAACGAUGCUGAUUCAAAUUUAUUUAUACAAUUACUUUUUGCAAUUAUUGAUGCUGGUUUAACAACCAAUAUUGCUAUUAGUUUUCUCUUUUGUGGUUUAUGUGAUAUUAAAUUUUUAAAUCCAAAAUCAACUUGUACACAUUUUCUACUUAUUACAUCAUAUUUUACUGUUUUUGUUUUAUGGAGCUUAGGAAUAUUAAAUCAAUGGUCUUGGAUAUUUCUUGUUCUUUAUAUAGGAACUAUAUCAGUUUGUUGUUUUAUUUAUUUACUUACACAAUUAUGUAUUAAAUCAAAUUGUCGUGCUUUACCACUUCUGCUUGUUGGUGGAAUCUAUGGAGCUAUUGGUUUAUAUGCAACAACAUAUGGUGCUGACCGUGUUUGUAAAUCAGAGGGUCCAUUUUGGUCACAAUAUUUUGGACCAAGCUUUCUUUGGUUUCUAUUUUCGGAUAUUAGUAUGACAUUUAUGUUCCUAUAUGUUGUACGAGCUAAUGAAGAGAAAAAAGUUAUUAUCCACGACUAUCCUAUUGAUAUCGAAGAAAAUCCUGAGAAAUUUUAA